CGCGCACACGCCGCCUUCACGGUUGCUAAGGUAACGGGUUCAAACAAAAUAGACACCUCAGACCAAAGUAACCGUUUCACAAGGUUUUCCACAGAGUUUAAAUUCAGAGACUGAGAUGGCCGUUGCAUUUACAAGCCCAGAUUCCAACAUCCCGCAGAACCUACUGCAACUCUCGCAUUCGUUCGGCUAUGACUGCAGGCGACGAGGAAACCUGCAGCUGCUGGACGAGGACACGCUGGCCUUCGUGGCUGGAAGCAUGUUGGUCCUUCUGGACAUGAACACCAAACAGCAGCGCUACAUCCCCAGCUGCAGCGGAGGAGGCAUCGGUGCCAUUAUGCCUCAUCCCAGUAGGAGAUAUUUUGCCAUGGCAGAGAAAGGCAAGCAGCCUGACAUAAUUAUUUAUGAAUAUCCGUCACUGCAGCCCUAUCGUAACCUCCGAGAAGGCACGAGUAAGGUCUACAGCUGUGUAAACUUUAAUCGUGAUGGCACGCUGCUGGCGAGCGUUGGAGGUGCUCCUGAUUACAUGCUGACCGUGUGGGACUGGAACCAGGAACAGGUGGUGCUGCGCUGUAAGGCCUUCUCUCAGGACGUCUACCGCGUCACGUUUUCUCCAGACAACCCGGGCCAGCUCACAACGUCCGGCUCCGGGCACAUCAAGUUCUGGAAAAUGGCUGACACCUUCACCUGUCUGAAGCUGCAAGGAAUGCUGGGAAGGUUUGGAAGGACCCCUCUGACAGAUAUAGAAGGCUAUGUUGAGCUCCCUGAUGGGAAGGUGGUCUCAGGUUCAGAAUGGGGAAACAUGCUAGUGUGGGAUGGAGGUCUGAUAAAGGUUGAGAUUGGACGUAAAAAGGGACGCACCUGUCACGCAGGACCUAUACAGCAGUUCACUCUGGAUGAGGGAGAGCUGAUAACUGUGGGUGCAGACGGAGCAGUCAGGUGCUGGGACUUUGAAACCAUCGAUACAGCAGACUGUGUGGACGACAGCGGGCUGUUUGUGAUCGAGCCCAUGAACGAGCUGAUUAUAGGCCGCAAUGUGAGCCUCUCCUGCAUGGUCAGGAGCACCAUCCCAGACUCCACUAUCUGGUUUGCACAGGAUUCUAAUGGAGGAAUCUGGAAACUGGACUUGUCCUUCUCCAAUAUAACCCUGGAGCCUGAGUGUCUUUUCUCAUUCCACGCUGGUGCAAUUGAGGGAAUGGAUGUGUCUGGAUUUAGUCACCUGAUGGCCACCACUGCAUUAGACCGUUCAGUAAGGAUUUUUGACUUCCUUUCCAACAAGGAGCUCACAGUCACCCAUUACAGACAGGGAGGAAGCACUCUCACCUGGGCCCCUCGUAUGGUGUGUGGUGGUGAGAGUCUGCUGGUGGUGGGCUGUGAGGAUGGCGUGGUGCGUCUGUUGGAGCUCUAUAAUCCUCAGAGCCUGGAUGAGGUUGCCAAGCACAAUCUCCCAGAGCUCCGUCUCAAACAGGCCUUCAAACCCCAUAAUGCAUCUGUGACAGCCAUCUCCUACAAGCACAAUGGGCAGAUCAUGGCUACUGGGAGUGCGGAUGGCACGGUGUUCUUCUUCUCAGUAGGGGACAGCUAUGAGCCAAUCGGCUUUGUGACAGUGCCGGGACCGGUGCAGGGUCUGCAGUGGGCUCCUCAGUCACAUGAGAGAAACACUCUGUUAGUUGCAUGUCAGAUGGGUCAUGUGGUGGAGGUUGAGGCUCCUGACGCACAUGAUCCCCCUGAAGGAAACACAUACCAUCUGCAGAACCUUCCCAUCAGGCACUUCUGCUUCCACAGCAUCAAAUCACGCAUUAAGAGGGACGCAGAGAUAUCUCGCAGACAGGCCUUGAAGGAGAAGAGACAGAAAGAGAAGGCACUCCAGGAAGUGAAGGAUCAGGAACAAACUCCUACAGAGGAAGAUGAAGAGGAAGAGGAGGAGGAAGAGGAGUUGCCACCGAUCUUCAUCCCCAAUCCCCCCAGUCCCCUUCACUGUGCUUUCUACUCCAAUGAGCCUGGAGCAUUCUGGCUUUCUGUGGGAGGCUAUGACUCUGGGUAUCUGUAUCACUGUAAGUUUUCGGAGCAGCAGUCUGCAGACCAGUCAGAGAGGAAAGACGAGCCGUUCGCUUUCGUCCCAGUCCAAGAUGCAGAUCACAAUCCCAUCCUCACUGUCUGCUUCUGUGAGGUGAGGCAGCUGCUGCUGUGUGGGAUGCAGGAUGGCAGUAUCCGGGUGUAUCCUCUGGAGUCAGGGGACCUGCAGCCGGUGCACAUGCAGGCGUACUGGGCACUCGGUGUUCAUGACAGCCAGUAUGGAAGCCUCCGGCAGCUCCGUGUCAGCCACGAUGGCCGCUUCGUGCUGAGCACCGGUGCAGAUGGAAACAUCUUCUCAUUCAGGCUGCUGGAGAUGGAGGAGAUGGAGGAAGCACUACAGAGAGGACACGCAAAAGUGCCCUCACCACGCCUUAUCCUGGACACGGAGCCUGCGCCUCUCGAUAUAGAAGACCCCGCUGCCUACAGUAUAGAGACGGCUAAGCAGAAGCUGGAGUUGGACCGCAUGCUUCGAGAGGCUGAAUCGAGGAAGCAGGAGCGCCGUAAGAAGCUCGCCGAGUUGCGAAGCCGUUUCAAAGUCCUGCUACAGCAGAACCAGAGUCUGCCGGAGCACGUCCGCCUGCAGCGCUCGGAGCUGGAGUUGGAUUGCCGUUUCCGGGAGGAAGUAGAGAGAUGGACGGCUGAGAGAGUGAGAGAGGUGAGGAGAGAAUUAGCCUGGGAGAUGGAGAGACACCGUAUCGGCCUGCAGAAGCUCCAGGAGAGGUUUAUGGACUCAGUGGUGUGUGACACAGUGACAGUGUCUGCGAUCAGGAGUGAUCAUAAGGUUUCCACCUACAGGCUGGUAGCUCUGUCCAACAAAUUCCACCAGCUGAAGCAGCAGGGAAGAGCCACGCAACAUUCUCAGGAGGUGUGCGGCCCUAAAGAACAGAAGGAAACUCACGCUGAUGUCAUCACAGCAGAGGAAGCUUUACCUGCCACAGCAGUGUUACAGCGACGAGUGCCACAGGGAGCCGGUGGCAAGCUGGCAGCCAGACAGGCGGAGAAACUGCGCAAGGCAGCCGAGAAAGCAGAGAAGGCCCGCGCUAGGAUAGAGCAGAGGAAGAGAGAGUGGGAUGAACUCUAUGCUGCCAAACCCAGCGAGGACUACGAGGAUCCAGAAGACAUCCGUGCAAUCCAGUUGGCCAAGGAGAACAUGGGGGACUUCAAAUUGAAGACGGCGCAGGACUACACAGUGCCGGAGCACCUGAGGAUGAACGUGGAGAAGAAGACGGCACAAUUGGUUGAGUUGGAGGAGCAGAUCUACCAGAGGAAAAGCCAGAUGAACGUGCGCGUGCUGGCCCUGCGGGACUCAAAGGUGGCUCUCGUCUCCCAGUUCCGCUCCCACAUGCACCAGCUGCUGGCCGUUCAGAAGCUUCUUCCCCCGGAGAAGCACCGCCCACCCCCCACCACGCCCGUGCUGACGCCCGAGGAGACGCCUGAGAAGGAGCUGCAGUACAGCCGCACCACGCUGGAACGCUACGCUGCUGCACGGGCCAAAAUGAGCCACACCAGCUGGGACGACAAGCACGAGGAGCCUCGGGAUGUGCUGGAGAUGAUGCAACAGGACGUUGAUGAGGACACACAUGCAGAGGAGGAACACACUCACGCAGAGGAGGAAGACACCCACGCAGAGGAGGAACACACACACGCAGAGGAGGUGCACAUACACGCAAGGGAGAACCUCAGUGAGUUGGAGCAGGAGAUGAUGGAGGUGGAGGAGAUUCGCAACCUUUACUUGCAAGACAAACUGAUAAGACAGAUGGCGGAGGCCAUGUGCGCUUUCGAUGCUAAUCUGUGUCUCCUGCGUCAUGAGAAAAUCAAGCUGGACGUGCAGAUGAAGCUGGCUGACCUCCGAUACGUCACACUGUUCGAGGAGCUCCUGCUCCUUAAAGAGUUCGAGAAGAGAGAGUUCACGCUACAGGAGAGACGAAAUGCCUGCGUGCAGGAGGAGAGAGAGCUCAGGUCAAAGAUGGAGGAGUGUAAAUAUCAGUUGGAGAUGAAGAAGAGAGACAUAGCGAAGCUGCACGAGAGAGAGAACGUCCUAGCCUCCACGUUCCAAGAUUCACUUGGAGAAAACAACAAGUUUGCAGAUUUCCUCACCAGAGUCUUCAAGAAGAAGAUCAAACGAGUGAAGAAGAAAGAGAAGCCUGGCACCGAUGAGGAAGAAGAGGAGAGUGAGGAAGACUCAGAUGAAGAGUCAGACUGGGACAGUGAUGAGGAUGAUGAAGAGUCGGAUGGAGCUGGUGGCUUUGACGAUAGUGUCUGUCCUCCGAACUGCGACCCAGAGCUUUUUGAGAACACUUUAAUUUUGCGGGAGCAUCGCUUGGAUUUGGAGGAGCUUCUGCAAGAGGAGAAGAUGAUAGCAGACAGCCUGAGGAAGGAAUGUGACUCACUUACCAAGAAAGAGAAGAUUGUGCAGAGCAACCUGAAAGCAGCAGAGGGCGACCUGGAGCUCUUAAACCGAGAGAAGCAGCAGAAAGUCAAUGAGCUAGAUGUGGUUGUCCCGCUGAGGAUACACCAGAUUGAGUAUACGAAUAACGGCGUGAUGCCCUCUGACCUGAGCGGGGCGCUGGUGAUGAACGCGGCGUCUGUAAGCCGACUGCACGAGCGCAUUAAGGAGCUGCAGCAGGAGAAGAGUGCCCAGAGGCAGUUAUACAGACAAGCACGCCAACAACACGUCCAGCUCCGAAACGACCUCAGAGAUAUGGAGGCCAAGAGUCAGGAGUUAAAGGCACACUGUGAGCUGCUGAUGUUCAAGAAGUUUGGCAAGCUGGUGGAUCUGGAGGCUCUGCAGACUAUGAGCGGCAGCCGGAAGCUGGAGGAGAUGAAAUACGAGAGGCAAGUGCGGGAGGCUCAGAACAGACAGGAGCUCAGGAUGUGGCAGGUGAAAGUGGCCGCUGCCAAGCAGGAACUGACUGAUGUGACCAGAGAGCACACAGCACAUCUGCGCAGCCUCAACAGCCUGCUGACCGAGAAAAAGCUGCUGGAGGACAAACUCAAUGCCAGGCAGAGGAAGAUGAGUCAUCAGUUCCAGGGAUCCCGGCAGGCUGAUCAAGAGGACAUCCAAAGGCUGCAGCUGCAGGUCCAGAACCAGGCAGAGAAAAUUAAAUGGCUGAAGCAGGAGAUCAGCACCCUGUCUCGCAAAGGUGGCCAUGUCCUACCCCCGAGUGAGCCAAGUUUACCCUCCAUCCAUAGAAACACACCGCUUCAACGUAGGCGUGCUUUACCUUAGACACAUUUGGUCCUUUGAUUGACUUACACCAUAUUUUUGAAUCCUAUCCACUGUGAAUCACAUAUUUAUCCUGAGACCAAGAUCAAUAAAGUAUCUAUGAGACAAAUAUAAAAUCUCUGGACAAAAACUGCAUUGAUACAACAACAGCACUUUAUUAGAUAAUGUGGUGAUAUUAGACGGGAUGCUAAAAUCUAAUAUCUAUCAAUAGCUCAACAAUGAUGCUUUGAGGAACGCAUUAUAUCACAAGGUCUCAUCAAUGGCGUAAUAAAUGCCAUCAGGUCUGUAAUGCUUUCCAGCCUCAGUUCUCACUUCUUUAUAGUGUUAGUGGUGUUGGUAUGCUUGGUUCCACAAAAAUCCAAAUGAAUCCAUCUUUAAACAUCAAAAUAGCAGGUAAUCUGAUGUGGAUGCCAAAAAACCCUAUACUGAUGUAUUUUUAUCUUUGAAAGGUGAGGGCUUAUACUGCAUUUAACUAAAGCUAACUAAAGUAACUCACUACUUUAUAUGACUUUAUAGUAGUAUUUACUUUAGAUCAAUCAACAUAGACACAUUAGUUGGUUAAAUCUAACACUAAUCGUACAGUUUGCUGUUCUGAGAAAGUAAAACAAUCAUAAACUCAUGAUCACUAAUGAUAACUGGCUAGCUUGUAGCUAAAAAAACAUGCUUUCAUGAAGGCGUCCAUGUUUUUCCCUAUUUCAUAACUCCAACCGAACAUGCAGACCUCAAAAUUUAUAUAAUUCCAAGUUCAUAUUCUGCGUUCGACGUAAAAUGGAAGUGGGAAUUACAUAAUUUUUGACCUCCAUGCAUUCAAGCUACAAAGUGGGGGGAAAAAAUGGACGUCUCCAUGUUCCCAACAAGCUAGCCAGCUAACUGUAAUGAGUGAUGUAUAUGAGUGAUGUAUAUUUUCCUCCUCAUAACAGUGAACUGUAUAGUCAGUGCUAUAGAUUUAACCAAAGAAUAUGUCUGUAUGUUGAUUGAUCUAAUGCAAAUACUAGUAUACAGUAUACAGUAUACUUUAUUUAAUGGUACAGAAGCACUACUUUUUACUGCUGAUGCUGUGAGAGGCCAUGCUGAUUUGAUGUUACAUGCUCAAACUCUGGGUUGAGAUUUACGAGUCCUGAGUUUAUGGGUAGGAAUUUUGAGUUAAGGGGAAGUUUUCUUCAUUUUGUGUGUGUGUGUGUGUGUGUGUGAGAGAGAGAGAGAGAGAGAGAGAGACUUUAUUCAACAGACCUGAUAGAAUUAGACACUUUGACAGGCUUCAGUCCCAUAGAGAAUAUGUAGGAUUAUUAGGAACAGCAGAUGAAAAACACAGUAUUGGGGGAAAAAAAUGACAUACGACUAAUUUUUCUUCACUUUUUUGAUUCCUCGAAUAAGGACUCGGUUCAGCCUCGACACGAUUAUAGAUGAGGGAGGUCUGUGAUUCACUUCAGCAAUUUAAGGAGCACUUGAGUUUACUGGACCUCCUCAAUGGGCUGAUCAAAGAGAUAAAUAUUGCACAUAAUAACUGUGUGCCAUAAAGUGGCUGGGAAAUUGCGAUGCAAAAACGGCGAGUUCGGGGUCGCCAAGGAAACGCGGCGGGCCGAGUGGAGGAGCGGGUGAAUAGGGGAUUAACCCCGUCCCAGUGGCUCUCAAUGCAGCCCCCUGCCAAGAGCCAAGAGCCCAUUCCCAUGUGCUGCCCUUUAUUCCUGUCAUUCAAGAGUCAAUAGGCAACCCCUCCUCAAACACACACACAAGCACACACACACACACACACACACAAUUAUAUUACUAUAUUUAUGAGGUAUUUUCAUUGAUUUGUGCAUUA